AGCUAACUUGUCACCAUUCUCCGAGCAAUGGUGGCUAGCUUUGUCUAACAAUUAAAAUUCAGUAACUGAAUUAUUACCAAACUGAACUCAAAUUCAACUACAAAAAUCAGUGCUCAAGAUCACAAUGUUACUGAACUAUCCAAGUCUGGCCUUAUAUUGUGUUCAAGAAAAUACAGUAAUCAAGUUGUUACUGCUGAUUAAGAUCCCAAUGGAGUAAUUAUUCAAUUUGUUAAUUUAAGCAACACUUUCCAACAUCCGUGAAUUUUAAUAAGGAGCAAGAUUUAUAUGCAGUUCAACGGUUAUAAAACUAGCAAUGGUUGAAUAACAAUUCUUGUGCAUUUCAUCAGGUGAUAUAAAGAACCAUAAAAACCACCACCACAAUGGAGCACAGUGAGCUCCUACAGGAGAUGCAGCAGAUUGAAAAGCUGCCAAUAAAUGAACGAGUUAAACUAGCACAAAAGAGAAGGAAGCAACAGUUAAUAGCCUAUGCAAAAUGGACAAAAACCGAUACUUUUAGCAGCAGACCAAGACCCAAGAACAGACGUGGAAUAACUUUUGCUCCCGAAAUACAACUUAUGGACGUUGCAGCAAGGGGAUCAAUAGAUGAAAUGCGUUCUCUUCUAAAAUCAGGAACUGAUCCAAACAUGAUGAACCAUGAUGGACUUACAGCUCUACAUCAGUGUGCUAUUGACGGCUCACUGGAAAUGGUGUCACUUUUAUUAAAACAUGGAGCAAAUGUAAACAUAACAGAUAAUGAUCUUUGGACACCUUUACAUGCAGCUGCCACCUGUGGACACUUCAAAAUUGUCACUACUCUCAUCAAAGCUGGAGCUAACUUAACAGCAGUGAAUGGCGAUGGGGAUAUGCCACAUGAUAUUACUGAAAACGAAAUAUCUCUGCAAUAUAUUGAAAAUGAAAUGAUUAAAAGAGGUAUAACACAAGAUACCAUUGAGGAGAUUCACCAGAAGCCUCACGCUGCCAUGCUCGAAGAUAUUACCAAUAUAGUAGCUGCCGGAGGAGACCUUAAUCAACCAUUAGACCGAGGAGAAACUUUUCUUCAUGUAGCCAUUGCAAAUGGUUUUAAUGAUAUAGUAGAAUUACUAAUAAACAAUGGAGCAUCUCUAACAGCAUGUGAUGAAGAUGGCUGGGAACCCAUACAUGCUGCAGCUUACUGGUGUAAUGAAGCAGCAUUAGACAUGCUCAUGGAAGACAAAAGAGUAAACUUAAGAACUUGCACUACAAGUGGAGUAACACCUUACGAGCUCUGUGAUGAUCCUGAAUUGAAAAUGAAGAUUCUUCACAAAAUAAGUUUAACACCAGACAUGUUUAAGCCCUCUGGUGAAGUCAAUCAUGAUAAUUUUACUCCAGUAUAUGAGGAGGUUGAAAGAAUUAUAGAGCAAGUAGAUGAAGAGCAUAUUCAUUUAGAUUUUGAGAACCCUGAAAUUAACGCCUUUUAUAAUGAUCCCAAUCCCCAAAAGAAAGAAUACCUUUUUAUUCAAAUAAAUGAGGAUUUUGAUCACUUACGACACCCAAGCAUUGAUGACACUCCUCCAUCCCCUCUGACCAAUUUACAAUCAAUAGAACACUCCUCAGAUCGUAGGAAUUCAAUCAAAGAAGCUAAAAUUAAAGCACCAUUAAAAAGAGCAAGUAGUGACAGACUUACUAACAAGGAGAAGCAAAAAAUACAAAGUGAUAUUGAAAGUAAAGAAAUUGGCAACACAAGUUCUUUCAACAACAUCAAGGAGAAUAUACCACCAAAUCUACCUCCACUUAACCUUGACAAUGCAGCUGAAGACAUGAUGCAACACCCUAACUCAGUACCAAAUAAAAUUAAUAACUAUAGCAAUAAUAAUGUUGAGUAUAAAGGAAUUAUCACUUCAAACACUGUAGUUACACCUCAAGCAAGCAGUGCAACAGAAAGUUCACAACUAGAACAAGUUCACUUAAAGUCAAAGAAGAAAAUGCAUGCUCCUCCAAUACCAAAAGUUUCAUUGCUGGAGCUAAAGAGACAACGUCAAGAAACUCGAGAACUGCAAGUAAGAACGCUGCGAGAGAACAACCAAGUUACAGAGAAACAACCUAUGUUCUAUGCCCCACCUUCAGUAUUCCAACCCCCUCCCAGUCCCACAGUGAUUCGUUACAAAUACAAAAUGGUUCUUAUUGAUGAUGAUAAUGAUGAUACUGAAACAGGUUUCAUCAAGAAGACAAAAUGCACUAUCAUGUGAAACAAAAAUACUGUGCACCAAAGAAGAAAUAUUCAUUAUAUUAUAAUUGAAGUCAAGAUUUGUGUGUACUGUAUAUACAUCUCCAAAUUCAUAUUAAAGUCACUUAGAAAUGUGUUACCAUAUUUGCUAGGAUUUUUAUCUCGCCUACAACGAGGAAUAUUUGCUCAAACUAAUACACCGAAUACAAUAUAUUACAUUUCAUUUAAAUGAUCAUAAUCGGUUCUAACUUUUUUUUUUAAGUUGUAAUUAUUUUUAAUUCUAUCUUCACACAGUAAAUUACUCGUCAAUUGUUAAUGCAUAAUUAUUUUAUUUAUUCAUCCUCGAUAUAAGAUACUAUAUUAGUUAUUUAUAACAGUGCAUAAUAAUAUUAGUGCUUGAUACUCAUUAAUCUUAUUACCAUUUACAAAUUAUUAUACAAAUAAAAAAAUUCAACAUUAGAAUAUUUGUACAUAUUCUGUACGCAUCCUACACAAUACAGUAUUUAUAUUAUUGUAUGUCUGUGAAUAGUGAUUGUUGAUAUACAGUAGUAUUAAAACUAAAUAUUUGGUGAAGAAAAAGCUGCAGCAAAGUAUGACGAACUGCAGUAUGCUGUAUACAGUAUAUAUCUGACCGGCCUGUAAAUAAUGUUAUAAACCGACAACUGAUAUACUUUUUCAUUGUAAUAAGUAAAAAGUAUAGUCUAGUUUAGCUUCCAUGAAAAUAACUUAAAACAUUACUGUACUACUUUUCAAAUUACAGUACAGUACUGCUAUACUGUAUAUAUUUUACAUAUGCAUGAUUAUGUGGGAAAAUAAAAUACUAAAUAUUUA